AUGGUGCAAAGUUCUAGACAAUGGCAUGAAAAGUUGCAUUUUGCUUUGUUAGGUUAUCGCACUACAGUUCGUACGUCAGUGGGUGCCACCCCAUAUUCGCUGGUAAAUGGGACUGAGGCAGUUAUACCUGUAGAGGUUGAGAUUCCAUCCCUGCGGAUUGUUGUAGAGGCUGAAAUUGAUGAUGAUGAGUGGAUCAAAACACGCUUGGAGCAAUUAAGUUUGAUUGAUAAGAAGCGAAUGACAUCAGUAUGCCAUGGGCAAUUGUACCAGAAAAGAAUGGCACGAGCAUACAACAAAAAGGUGCAUCCCAGACGUUUCGAAGAGGGUCAAUUAGUGUUGGGACAUAUUCUGCCACACCAGGCUGAAGUCAAAGGCAAAUUUUCUCCAAAUUGGAAAGGACCAUUCAUUGUAAAGAAGGUAUUAUCCAAUGGUGUUCUUUACUUAGCAGAUAUAGAAGGCAAAAUGACAGAAAAUGGUCAUCAAUGCUGA